AGGUCUCAGAAGGGACAGCAUCGCCAUCGCCAAUUCGCCAUCGCAAAAUGCAGGCGCUCCUACUCCCCGCGCGGCCCGCGCCGGCGGCGGCGGCGGCGCUUAGGCAUCCCGUAGUUUCCGCGUCCGCGUAUGCGUCGCAGGCCCGCUGCUCUCUACUCGGCGCCGCCGGUCGCCUCAGCUUGGGGGUCCGCGGAUGCGCCCGGCGGCCCCUCGCAGUGGCGGCGGCGUCGUCCUCGUCCUCGCCGGGACCACUCUACCCGACGCCUCCACCCACCGAGCAGGAGGUGGAGCGGGUGAAGCUCGAGCAGGUUAUGAGGAGACUAGAGAAAACAGCAAGGUAUUUCAAGAAUUUGGGUACCUUUGGGUUCUGGUCCCAGUUGGUGUGCACAAUUGUUUCUGCUGGAAUUUUGUCCUUCUCUACUGUUGUGACGGGGAAGGUGACUGCACCCUUUACAUUCUACGCAACUGCUGCUGGUAUUGCUGCUGCAUUUAUUUCAGUCUUCUGGUCAUUUGGUUAUAUUCGUCUCUCUGAAAGGCUUAGAAGAACAGCAAAAGAACCUGCUAAGGCUCCUCCACGCGCCGAUGUUGUUAAGAGUCUCAAAAAUGGCAUUGUGCUUAAUAUUCUGGGGAUGGGCGCUGCUGUUCUGGGGAUGCAGGCAACUGUUGGUGCUUUGGUAGCAAAAGCUCUCACAACCUCUUCAGUACCCUAUUAUCAGGCUACCCCUGGCCAAAGCCCCGUUUUGGCUCUGGACGUUUUCCUAGUCCAGGCCUCGGCGAACACCAUCCUGUCGCACUUCCUGGGGUUAGCGAGCACCCUGGAGCUUCUGCGCUCGGUGUCCCUGCCGCCCCCCGCAGAAGCCGCCCCAGCCCCUGCCCCUGCCCCUGCUGCCCCUGCGCGGGCCUGAAGCCGAAGUCCAAGAGAGGCCUGCACCUGUUGUUCCGGAUUUGUAUGUAGAAGAACUAGCAUCAGGGUUGACACACCGAUGCAUUUGCGUUAAUGAAUGGUGCACCAACGUGUGUUUGCGUAA